AUUUCAGUCACUGUCAUUUUUGUACAAAGUGGCACGAAACAAGAAUUGUUUAUUAAUAAUAUUUUUUAUAAUUAUAAAUUACUUCCGCAUUUAAAAUACAAAAUUUUCAGUAGUUUGAAAUUAAAAAGUAGCUUUACAUUUGUGAUCUUAAUACGCGGGUUUAAUUUUUUAGUAAAGUUACUCUAGCAUAAAAUUUUUAUUAAUCAUUUCCUAAAAUGGUAUUGGUGAUAUCUCAACAAACUUUCGACGAAGCGGUUCAAGAAAAUAUGAAUGAACUUGGCUUAUCUCAAGAAGAGGCUGUCGCUGAAGCCAUCAAUCAAUUUGAAGCUCAAGGAGUUGACUUGAGUCAAAUUAUCACCGACCCUGAAUCUUUUAAAAAUCUGUCGGAUACAGUUAAAAAGCUGGCCGAGUUUCAAGACAAAAGGCUGACUCCUGAAUGUAUUGAACUGUUACAAGACCUAAAAAAAGAAUGUGAUAAGGGACUCCCACAUAGAGUCCAAGCUGGCAAAGAUGGUGCUUAUGAUGUGAUACUAGACAUUCUCCUUAAAUCUCAUGCCGAAAAAGACAUAAUGGAAGCUGCAAUUAAAGCAAUGGUGUCAUUGAUGACUAAACAACCUGAUCUUCUUGACGAGAGAGGUGUUUUAGUCAUUUUGAGUAAUCUGGACAAAGGUGAACCAGAAACACAAAAAUAUGUGUUAAAAUGGUGUAAAGAAUGUUGUGUAAUGCAUGAAAUUAACAGGCAAAAAUUAAUUGAACUAAACAUCGUGAAUAAAUUAUCCAAACUUUUGGUAGAAGGAAACCCAGUUAUUUUAAGAGAUGUACUUGUUGUUUUAAGAGCCUUAACUUUGGAUGAUGAUGUCCGUGUUGAAUUUGGACAUGCCCAUGAACAUGCACGUAUUAUAGCCACAGAAACGUUACACCAUCUCAUCGAAUUGAUUAAAAGAUUUCAAACUGAAGAUAUUCUUGUUAAUGAUUUAAUUCUCACUCUUUCCGCUUUGCUUGUAAGAAAUGAAUUUUGCAUACAAGUAGAUGAAGCUGGUGGGAUUGAAUUAAUUAGUGAAGUUAUGACUGCUUUUCUUAACAACGAUAAAGUUGUAAGACAGUGCUUUAAAUUUCUUAAAGCCUUAGCUGGAAAUGACGAGUGCAAAGUUCACAUAAUUCAAAAAGGUUUAGCCCCAGUCAUUUCAGAUGCGUUGAAUGCUCACCAGGAUAAUGUUCCGACAGCUGUGGGAGGUCUCAGUUGUGUGGCAGCUAUAUGUUUGAGGUCUCCAGAGAAUAGCAAAACGUUAUUUGAAGCAGCUUUGCCGGAAGUCAUAAUUUCGAUAAUGCAAAAACAUCCAAAUGAAAAAUCGGUUCAGAAAUCUGCAAGUUGGGCAAUACGUAACAUGGUUUCACGUAGUCGCUACCAAAAUGAACAUUUCCUGGAAUUGGGUGUAGAAGAGUUGCUUAAGAACAAUUUAGUGAAAUUCAAGGACUUUGAAUAUGACACUAAGGCGGCUUUAAGAGACUUGGAAGUUAAGGUGGAUCUGAAAGAGGAGUGGACCGGAAAAGGCGGAAAAAUCACUUCUGAAAGUAGCUUGACCAUCGUCAAUAAUUGAUUUUGGCAUUUAUGACAUUUAUUAUACUCCCAAUUAAUGUAACUAAUUUAUUAAGCUUUGUGUAACAAGACUAAAAAUAAAGUUUUUACAUUUUAA